AUGCCUACCAUUACUGUCACCAGAGAUAUUCUUUAUGAAAGAUUAGGAUGUACUUUCACAGAAGAAGAGUUUGAAGAUGAAUGUUUUGAUUUUGGUAUUGAACUUGAUGAUGUUGUUCAGGAAAAUGGUAUUACCAAAUUUAAAAUAGAUAUUCCUGCUAAUCGCUAUGACUUGCUAUGUGUGGAAGGACUCUCUAGGGCAAUGAAUGUUUUCAGAGAGCGAUCGAAAGCUCCACGCUUCAUUGUUAAGCCAAGUAGGGAGACCAUGACAGUUGAUGAUUCUGUUAAAUCUGUCCGCCCUUAUUGUGUUGCUGCUGUGCUCCGGGAUAUUACUUUCACUGAAGAGAUAUAUAACAGCUUCAUUUUGCUACAGGACAAGCUUCAUCAAAAUAUUGGAAGAGAAAGAUCUUUAGUAUCCAUUGGAACACAUGAUUUGGAUACUAUACAAGGUCCCUUUACUUAUAAAGCUACACCACCUGAGGAAAUCAAAUUCCGGCCACUUAAUCAAGAUACAGUGAUGACUGCUAAUGAGAUGUUUGAAAAAUUCAAACAAACAUAUCUGAAGCCAUACCUGCAAAUCCUUGAGGGUAGCCCAGUUUAUCCGAUAAUUACUGAUGCUAACGGAGUUGUGCUUUCUUUACCUCCCAUUAUUAAUGGCGAGCACAGCAAAAUUACCCUGAGCACCAAGAAUAUCUUCAUUGAAAUUACUGCUAAAGAUCGGGAAAAAGCCAAGAUUGUUCUGGAUACAAUUUGCACCAUGUUCAGUGAACACUGCUUGGAUCAGUUCAGCUGUGAAGCAGUUGAGAUUGUAACAAGUAGUGGUUCUGUUACUACUCCUAAAAUGGGGUACAGAACAGAGGUUUGUAGUGCUAAAGAAAUGUGUUUAAAAAGUGGAAUUACCGACCUUUCACCAGAUGAUGUCGCCAAUCUCCUUUGCAGAAUGUAUCUACCUUCAAAAUGUCAAGGAGAUGAAGUUUCUGUUGAGAUUGGUCCAACAAGACAUGACAUAUUGCACCAAUGUGACAUAGAAGAAGAUGUUGCUAUUGCUUACGGGUACAACAACAUAACAAAGCAGAUACCAGAUAUUUACACCAUAGGUACAGAACAAGAGGUUAACAAGCUUACUGACAGUGUGAGGGAAGAACUCGCUAGAGCAGGAUUCACUGAGGUUCUCACAUUCUCUCUCUGUUCUAGAGAUGAUAUUUCAACUAACCUCAGGAUCCCCAAAGCAAUUGAUAAUGCAGUUCAGAUCGCUAAUCCAAAGACCUUUGAGUUCCAAGUUGUGAGAACUCAACUUCUCCCUGGCAUACUGAAAACUGUGAGCUGUAACAGAAAGAUGCCUUUACCUCUCAAGCUUUUCGAAGUUAAUGACAUAGUUAUAAAGGAAGAAGAUGCUGACACAGGCUGCAAGAAUUUGAGGAAUGUUUGUGCACUAUACUGUGGAAAAACAUCUGGUUUUGAAGUUGUCCACGGUGUUUUGGAUCGGCUCAUGAUGGCACUCAAUGAAAAGAAUUACUCCAUUCAACAAUCCUCUGAUCCUAUGUUCUUCUCUGGAAGAGGAGCUGAUGUACUUUUGGGAAGUAAAAAAAUUGGACACUUAGGAAUCUUACAUCCGGAGGUUUUAGAGAAAUUUGAGAUUUCUUUACCUUGUUCGGUGCUUGAAAUUAAUCUAGAGCCUCUGAUUUAGAAUAUUUUCGUGUUUUAAAUAAUUUAUCUUCAUAAGUAGGCAAUUGAUUAGGAAAAAAUAUGGGUCAUAUUCAGCCAACUUUAGGUUUUAAAGUUAGAGACAGUCAUUCAUUUAUUUAAUCGAUUUUUCAUUUUGUUGAUGUACUUUUAAGUACUGCAUAAUGCAU